UACAAGGAAAGCUAACUUACAGCAAAACAAAAACAAAUUGUGUCUAAAUCAUCGUGGCUAAAAAAUGGACAGUGAAAAUUUAAAGCCAGACAGUAACGACACACGCUGCGUAUUUUUUAACACACACUCAGAGGACUAUCGAUGCGUGGUGAUAUUAACAGUAAAGCGAGCCACUGGGACCGUCUCACUUGCAGGAUGCCUUUUCAUGCUGUUUGUGAUCUGGCUGCUUCGCAGGUAUCACUCUUUGGCUCAGAAGAUGAUUCUCAGCCUGACUGUAGCUGCCUUCUUCGACAGCGUAGCAUAUGUCAUGGGCGAGUCCCAUCCAGAGGGAUCUCUUUGUGACUUCCAGGCCUGGUGGCUAACGUACUUUGACUGGAGUGCCUUGGCCUGGGUUUGCCUCAUCACACUCAACUUGUACCUCAACUUGGUCAGAGAAAUGAGCACAAAGAGAUUUGAAAUGUUGUACCAUGUGACGGCGUGGGGUGUUCCUCUGGUCAUGGCCUCUUUGCCGCUGCUCAGGGGAUACUAUGGCCCCGCGGGAGCCUGGUGCUGGAUCACAGACGAUCACGUAGCCUGGAGAUUUGGGAUAUGGUACGUGCCUUUGUUCAGCCUCAUCCUCCUGAUGAUCGGCUGCUACGCUAGAAUCAUCUGCGUGGCCAAUGACAGGAUGCGGUCAUGGUUGGGAACCUUCAACCCUGAGAGAGAGAGAAGAAAGGUUUCCUUGGCUGAGGAGAUCAAGCCGCUGAAGUGGUAUCCCUCCGUUUACAUAGUGGUGUCUAUCUUCCCUCUCAUCAACAGGCUCCAUAAUGCCAUGUACCCGCAGGAUCCAUCCUUCUCUCUGACCCUGUUGCACGUCCUGUCAGCGCCACUCCACGGCUUGGCCAAUGCCUUUGUCUUUGGCCUGGAUAGGGACUGGUGGAGUCUACUGAGCCCUACUGGCAUGCAGCUGGCUCUGCAGUCGCGGCUGUGCGACAGGACACGGAUCGGAGAGUAUCACCCCGGGGCGGUGCGCUACACACAAGCUGACCUGGUCGACCUUAGUGAUGACGACGACGACGAUGACACCAACGUGCUCUUCUACUCGCCUGACAUGACCCUGAAAGACCGAGGGCCCUGAGAGAGAGCUGAAGAGAGAGAGAGAGAGAGAGAGAGAGGGGGAGACAAAAGAGCUCGAGGGAAGGAGCACGAAGGAGGGUCACAGCCAGAGAGAAACGCAGCGGAUUAGAAACUGAGAGAGAGGAAAAAGAGGUAGGGAGGGAAUGGAAGGUAUGAUUGGGGGGACAGUCAGGCAGAUAGAAGCCGGAGAUGAGCUGUCAGGUUCCAUUAUUAAUCCCCAUCCUUUACUAUUUAAUAUCCUAAAGACGCACACACACACAUACUGAACAGAGCUGCAGCUCCCUGCAAUAAUACCACGAGAGAGGAGCAAGAGAGAAGCGGCUAUAAAGAUUCUCCUAAUGUUAAAGGCAUCUGCUGCAUCCCAAAGGUUUUAAAACAAUUUCUCUCUCUUCACCGCCGUCGUGACUCCUGUAUUCUGCAGCGUUUUUUGGCAUACCACAAAAAUGAAAGGAAAAAAAAAAACCCAUAAAGGGCCACUGGAAGGCAAUCAUAACAAGCCGUUAGUUUAGCAUGUGGAGGUGAGGUGAAAAUCAGACCUUUGAAAGGGUGCCCUGUGUGCCGGACGUGAAAGCAUCUACAUUCACCUAUCUGAAUCCUGAUAUUGGAUACAUUUCAUGCAGAUAGGGGGGAGGUGGCGUACAGCGCAAAUACAGAAGGGAUUUUUUUUUUUUUAAGUGAAGAUGACCUCCUGCGGCAAAUAAGUCCCAAAGGAACAAUGUUGCUUUCAAGGAGUUUCUCCUUCCUCGGACAGUAUUCAGUUUUUCCCUUUGGCAGUACUGUUGUUGCGACUUUCACACAAGUAUUCCUUUGAAAGAAGGUUUUGUAUUUUUUAUGAUGUAUUACAGCUUUUUGUUAUAUUGUAUUUAUAACAGAUGAAUGCACUGUAUAUAUUUAAGUGUGCCCUCUAUUUUUGUACGUGCCUUGGACUGGAAUAUGAAGAAAAUGCUUUUCUUGGUCCAAACCUGCUGCUCUUAUGGUUAUACUUUAAAGCCUUGUGAACAACUUAAGAAACAUGUUACUGGUCAACACGCUCCCCUCCUUACACACACACACACACACACACACACUUAUUUCUAAGUUGGUGCCUGUCAAAACGGGUCGGAAAAGAUGACACACACAAGGCACCCGCUGCAUAGCAACAGCCUUUGAUGGUUCAUCAUCUCAUGGCCCUUGUCAGGAGUGGUGAGGGGACGUAACUGAGGUGUGAUUGGCAGGAUAAUAGAGUCACUUUAUAUUCAACCUCAGCCCAUUUGGUUUUUCCCAUAUCUAGGUGAUUUCAUCACUGUCGGCGCACACUGCCGGCUGUCAGCUGCCUCUCUGACAAGUUGAACUAAUGAACCGACACUUGACCCUUUUUACCCUUGAGUUGUUGAACUUUUCUGCCGGGCGUCAGUGACACCAGAGUGCAACUUUAGUUUGCACUUCACAGAGCCACACGCACACUAACACUUUCUUGCACCAUGCCCUUACCCCUCUUUUGGCACUGUUCAUGGUUUUACUUGACUCUGCACUCAA